AUGUCCGGCAGUCUGCAGAAACAGGUCAGCGUGAUGAGUAUGAACUUGAGUGCCAAGCUGGACGAGCUUCAGCAGCGGGGUGACCGUCAGCUCGAGACGACGGUGGCUCUUUGUGAGAUUCGUACUCAGCUACAGGAGCUCACCAAGAGCGUCGAGUCCUGUCAGAGCGAGGUCAGCGAGGUUAAACGGGACAUGGUCGCGAUAAAGCACGAACUGGACACGGUGCAGCAAGUCAAGGAGGAAAUUGAGGAAUUACGGGAGUACGUGGACCGACUUGAGGAGCAUUCACAUCGACGGAAACUCAGGCUUUUGGAACAGGGAUUAACAUUUUUCCUGGCGUACGCGAUAUUCGCAGCGGUGUUUGGAAUGCUUCAGUUCGGAUACAACACUGGAGUAAUAAAUGCACCUCAAGGGAAUAUUGCCAACUUCAUGAAAGAUGUCUACAAAGACAGGUACGGCGAAGAUAUGCCUGAAUAUUAUGUUAAAAAUUUGUACUCGGUAGCGGUGAGCAUAUUUGCAAUUGGGGGGAUGAUCGGCGGGUUCAGCGGCGGAAUUAUUGCUAACAGAUUUGGAAGAAAAGGGGGACUGCUAUUAAACAAUGUACUAGGAAUAGUAGGAGCAUGUUUAAUGGGUUUCACAAAAGCAGCUCAUUCAUACGAGAUGUUAUUCUUGGGACGUCUUAUAAUCGGUAUUAACUGCGGACUGAACACGUCAUUAGUUCCCAUGUACAUAUCGGAAAUAGCCCCGCUGAAUUUACGAGGUGGGCUGGGAACUGUUAAUCAGCUGGCUGUUACUAUCGGCCUCUUAAUUUCCCAAGUACUGGGUAUUGAACAAAUUCUGGGCACUAAUGAUCGCUGGCCCGUUCUACUGGGUUUAGCUGUCAUACCGCCUAUUGCACAACUCCUGUUACUGCCAAUCUGUCCAGAAUCUCCAAGGUAUUUGCUCAUCACUAAGCAGUGGGAAGAGGAAGCACGUCGCGCACUGAGAAAACUCCGAGCUAGCAAUCAAGUCGAGGAAGAUAUUGAAGAAAUGAGGGCUGAGGAGCGAGCUCAACAGGCUGAGUCAACUAUUUCGAUGGGCGAGCUUAUAUGCAGUCCAACUUUAAGAGCUCCCCUCGUUAUUGGUGUGGUCAUGCAACUAUCACAGCAACUUUCGGGUAUCAAUGCAGUCUUUUAUUACUCGACGAUACUGUUCCGAAGUGCUGGAUUGUCUGACGAAAGUGCCAAGUUCGCAACGAUCGGUAUAGGCGCUAUUAUGGUUGGUAUGACGUUAGUAUCCAUACCGUUAAUGGAUCGCACUGGUAGACGAACGCUACAUCUAUAUGGUCUCGGUGGAAUGUUUAUAUUUUCCAUAUUCAUCACCAUUUCGUUCCUUAUAAAGGAAAUGAUCGGGUGGAUGUCUUAUCUAUCAGUGGUAUCGACACUAAGUUUCGUAGUAUUCUUCGCCGUGGGACCGGGUUCGAUACCGUGGAUGAUCACCGCCGAGUUAUUUUCUCAAGGUCCUCGUCCGGCUGCCAUGUCAAUUGCUGUCCUCGUUAAUUGGAUGGCUAAUUUUGUCGUCGGAAUCGGUUUUCCAAGCAUGAUGUUGUGUUUGCAGCUGGAUCAGAACGCUCUUCCAUCGCUCCCGCUCAACCGGAGAGGGCACCGCCCCCGCUUCCCCCGCCACGCUUUCCGAACAGCGGUGUCUGACAAUGGGAAACUCCUCUUAAUAUUGGGAACUUUAUGA